AUUAUUUCUCAUUUUUUUGCAAGAACGAUUUCUCGCUCUUCAACAUGAUCGAACGAUACGAUUUUGCAUAAACAAACCUAAUUAAGUGAACCAUGUUGCCACCUACCGGCAUUUUCUUGCCUGGACUUUACGGAUAACCUAACCUCGCGCACGUACCUGCGCACACAUACAAACACGAGAUACCGCGUGGUCAGUUGUUCAUGAGUUAAAGCGGUUUUGCGGUAUGGCAUCGAUAGCUCAAUUACUAAAUUAUUUCAAAGCGGAUACGAAAGAGUUUGAGUCAUUGCUUCAUGAUUUAAUAGUCAACAGUAAUGAUGUGCCGUUUGACAGCGAAGAGGUCCGAGAUGUUGAUGCACUACAAAACACUCUCGUGACGAGCAUUAAUUCUCGCCUAAGUCACGCAAGCACCCGCUACAACGGCUUACUUAUUCUGGACAGAGUUUUGGACGAGUGUUCCAAGGAUGUACUCUUGAAGUAUGGCCUGUUGUGGAUAACGAAGGCUACCCAAGUGCUGGAAAAUGUGCACAGCAAUACGCGUGAUCUGGCACUCGCCUGCAAAGUGUUGGGAUCUCUGAUCGAGCGUUGUAAAGGAAUCCCGGAAUUGAGUAAGCAGAUUUCCAUGCACAGCGUGAAGCACCUCGUAAGUGCGCUCAACGCUUUACAGGCUGACGCCAAGUGCGGAGCGGUGUAUUAUUUAAUGGCCGUUUUGCUGUAUCAUUAUCCCGAAGUCUGCGAGAAGUUUCAGGUGUCCAUUAAGAAGAUGAUACUGUCGCAAAUCGAUUCCACCGAAGAGAAUUUGAUCAACGCAAGUGCAAAGUGCUAUGUUCUCUUGUCCAAAGCGGUGGAGCGCUCGUUUAAACCACCGCCGGAGAGAUCUGUGUAUAGUGGUUGGCUGUACAACGAGGCAUUGCUUUGCAACACUUUGCAUGCUAUAAUGGAUACGUUGUUCUCUGAAUUGAUAGAGUUGGAGAGUGUGGAUGUGUGGGAGCGGUUGGAACUGCCGUCCAUAUCUGAGAACAAUAUAGUGGAAUAUUAUAAUACGCAUAGACGGAGAUUUUCAAAUCUCUGCACCUAUCUGUCCUCCAUGUUAAGUGGAUACCAAGCGAAAAAUUCUGUUUUCCCCAAUGACAUUCUGAAAGUUUUGUGUCGGGGACUGGCGAUAGUACCAUUAAACCUGAAGAAUGCGAGUUUUAAAGAACAGAUGCUGUAUAUAAUUUUACCGAAGUUGCACAUUAGUUUACUUUCCGUUUUGGAUGCAUUUAUAAACGGAUUUGCGCAGGAGCUAAUUCCAUUUGGAGCGAAAAUAUUGCAGUUGCUGCAACAAACGCUGCAGUGGACGAGCACUGUGUUAGACAAUCAAAUAACUAUCGGCAGCGUCAAACCUUUCAAAAGCGUACGAGUACACACCUACAGAUGUCUCUCCUCGUGGCUGACGAGCACUGGUUCACUGUCUGGUAUAGAAACGAUUGCGAAUGAAUGCAUCGUCUACAUACUGAAAGAUAUAAUUCCAGAACGAGAUCGUAUAUUAUUAACCGUGCAGCAGAAAACGCAGCAUUUGUCCAAGCGGGCAAUGAAACGUUUCAAAGAGAGCCAAUAUGAAAAUAGUUCUAUUCUGAAUGAUCAAGCGGCUUCAACGAAAAAUGUGUCUCUAGAUACGGAUUUGUGCAAAGAGGCUCUCGUUGCCCUGCAGAACAUAUUUUCCAAUGGCGUUUUACUGAAACAAACUUUGUACAAGAACGUGCAGAACAGCGUGAUACCUCUAUUACACGAUCUUUAUUUGGGUUCCUCCGAGCAAAACUUUUACAAAGCUCACAGUGAAUGCCGUUUGGAGUUGUUUAAAGUAUCGAAGGCUCUGCAGAUGAACCCGCACAUUACGUUAGCCUUUCCCCUGCAAUAUUGCCUAAAGAUAUCGCACAUGGCGGCGUACGACGUCGAUCUGGACGUCGCUCAAGAAGCGAGACUUGCGUUAGCCGAGUUGGAAAAAAUUAUACACCCUGCUGCGCCUACGUUACAAUUACCUCGGGAGCGAAAACCUGAUGAGUCUGUUACUGAAAACGAAGUCGAAGAGAUAACCAGCAAAUCAGACAAAAGAAGUAGGACUGAAGAGGAAUCUUCUGCAGAUGUAAUAUCGUCUAUACUUAAACGGUCAAGAUUAACGGUAGAAUGUACAGAAGCAGUACAGUUCGAACGGUCUGAAGAGAACGCAGAAUCGAUAAAAAUGAGUGAUAGCAUAGAUGCGAAUAAAUCUCAGGCAGACGCUUGUGCAAAAAUGCACGAGCUCGUGAGAACGCCGGUAGAGCAGGAGACCGGAAGUGUAUUACGGGAACAAGAGAAAACACACGCCGAUGAGGAAAAUCAAUCAAAGGUUGAUGAAAUUGUGGAUAUUGCUGAGGAAAGUGGAGCGGAAUGUGAGUUAACUGGGCAUGUCGACGAAGAAGAACAAGAGGAGCAACCUAGGGAUCUAGCACCGUGUACAAAUCAAGUAGAUAAAAGUGUACAAAGGAGCCCGGACAUUGCUGAAGAAGAAGCAAAGUUAUCGCAAAAUAUUGUGGAAGAGGAGGAAAGGAUGGCACUAAAUUAUCAAAUGAUGUUUAACGAUGACGUAACAUUAAGUGACUAAACGAUUUUAUAUUGAAUAUAAUUUUAUAAUUAAAAACAAAGAUAUAUAUAACACGUA